UUUUGUGAAACGGGCCCUGGUCCAACUACUAUGCACCGUAUGUGUGCCGUGUGCACGCCUCGGGGACAUUCGCAACAUAUCUAAUCGAUAUCAGAUUUCGUUCAUCACGCGCAUGGGCUUGAUUUUUCAACGUAACUAUACUGGCACACAUUCGGACAGUGCGGAGUGACAGGGAAUAUAUUUCGUCCAACGAGACUGCUCCUAAAACGUGCCAACUGCUGUGAUCUUCUCUUGGAAUCAUUUCGAAAUGGCAGCUCCAAUUAAAGCCAGAGAUUUGAAAAGCAUCGAAGAUGAGGAGAAGGGAGAUGAAGACAGUGAUGUGGAUACUAUACAAAAGCGAGGGGAAUGGACCAAGAAGAUCGAUUUCUUCUUGGCACUUUGCGGAUCAUCCAUCGGGCUAGGAAAUGUUUGGAGGUUCCCGUAUCUCUGUUAUAAGCAUGGUGGAGGUGCAUUCUUGGUGCCUUACUUUCUGAGCCUGCUGUUAGGGGGUAUUCCCCUCCUGAUCAUUGAGAUUGGUUUAGGUCAGUUUACAGGACAAGGGCCAGUUACAGCAUGGGGUAUGAUCUCACCCCUCUUCAAAGGAAUCGGUGUUGCUGGCCUGGUCAUCCAAGCUCUACUGGACAUGUACUACGCGGUGGUCAUGGCAUGGGGCAUCUUCUAUCUAUUCUGGUCAUUCAGACGCGUCCUUCCGUACUCGACCUGCGACAACCAUUGGAACACUCCUUGCUGCUUCGCUACGAACGCCGUGACGAACAUCAACACGACGUCGGGUGAUGAUAGCACGACAUACGAGAUGACCACGAAUACGAUGCUGAAUACGAGUGAUGAGUGCGGGAACGAGACCACAUCGUCGACUGUUGAAUUUUGGAACCGUAAGGUUCUUCAGAUUCACCUGUCAGACGGAAUCGAUGAUGUAGGACCAGUCAACUGGCAGCUUCUUCUAUGUCUCAUCUUAACUUGGAUUCUCAUCUAUUUCUGCGUGUGUAAAGGGGUCAAAACGUCAGGAAAGGUAGUAUACUUCACAGUUCCCUUACCCUACGUCUUACUGACCAUCCUACUUAUACGAGCUGUGACCUUACCCAAUGCAGCCGAGGGGGUCAUCUUUUAUCUCAAACCAAACGUCACAAAGCUACGGGAAAGCCAGGUCUGGCUCGACGCAGGUACUCAAAUCUUUUAUUCCAACUCCCUCGGUCAUGGGGUUUUAGUUGCUCUUGGGAGCUUCAAUGCGAGAAACCACAACUUUGUCAGAAUCUUCUUCCUUUUUUAUUUCCCCAGGGACACACUGUUAUAUGCUGCCAUAGGUUGCGCGACCAGUCUGUUUUCUGGCUUCGUUACAUUCGCUGUCUUGGGUUUUAUGGCUGGAAAACAAGGAAAAUCGGUCGCAGAUGUUGCAACUUCAGGUCCUGGACUUGGUUUCAUCGCUUACCCCGAGGCCAUCGCUCAGAUGCCCCUCUCGACCCUUUGGGCUAUCCUCUUCUUUCUUACCCUUCUCCUUAUUGGAAUUGAUAGUCAGGUUAGUGACGUCAUUUGAAUGGAAUCGAGUAGGAAAGAUUAGAAAAGAUAUG